UCGCAUGUGAUCUUGAAUAUUUAUUUGGUGCAGUGGAAUUAUUAAUUUGUUUCAAUUAUUAACGGUGAAAAAACACAAUUGUUGUGAUGAGUUCGUGCGUGAUAUCGGAUGUUGUGACGCUGAGGCCGGAACGGGACAAUCCAAUUUUGUUAUCCUUCCAGAACGCCGAAAUGGGCUACAAGGACGACACCAAGAUCCAGUGCUUCCGGGCGGAAGACACAAACCGAACCAAAAACGACGACGAAGAUAGUCGUCCGCAGCCAUCGCGAAUGGCUGUGGUCGUUUCCGAGCAGCAAGUGUACCGGGGCUAUCUGGGCGAAGGGUUAGGCACGGAUCAGAUCAACACAUACGUUGCUGUUCGAAACAAGACAACGGGAAAAAUGCGGCUUAUUCAACUCGAGACAGCCACGAUGCUACAUUCCUGCUACGAUGAUAGUGUAAAUAAAUUUCAAAGCGCUAGUGACGAGGUUGAUCUGACCGUGCAGCGGAAGUUCGCUGGAAAGGCAGGACUUCGAGCGCUGGAUCGUAUAGCUCGAUCGGGAAGCAAUCUGGAUGUUCUGAACGAAACUAUUCACGAUUCGGUGCAGAAGUUCGAUGAUGAGCGCUUUGCAGAGGAUAAUCAGUUCGCCAAAAGUAAGCUGGAAGGAGAACUUUUGCUUGCCAGCAUAAAACCAGCUCGGAAUCCAAAGGCAACAACACCUGCCGGAUUGUACCAACUGGAGGAUAUGAUUUCUGAAUCCGUUCUACAGCAGUUGAAAACUGUUGCGCUGGAGCUUAUGAAAAAGGAUCCGGAGACAUUGGAACUGGUGAAUGUCUAUCUAACUAAUAAGGUAAAAUCAGCUCUUCAGUCGAAGGAACCUGAUUCGGAGGAAAACAUCAAGGUGAUCGCCACCAGCCUGGUGAUGGAUGCCCUGUGUCACCUGUUGGAACUACGAUCGCGCAGUUUGCCGCAUGCCAAGCUGUCCACCUUCAGCAAAGAGCUGAACACAGAACUGAAGCGCAAUUUUUCCCAAAUCAACCAUCACAAACAGUUGAAAACCAAAUACACGGAGCAUAAAGCGCUAGCGCACUAUUUGGCGUUGGCUUUCACGCUGGAAAACUGUGUCCUCAACGUGGAUCAGAUCCACGCGGGAUUGAGCAUCGCGAAAAAUGAUUUGCUGAAAUUUGGUGCCUUUCUGGGUGCGACGUUUAACUCGACGAAGAACACCCUAACGCUUCGGAUGGCCAAUCCCGAUGAUAAGGUUAGUUCUGGCGGGUCUUUAGCUCGAUCCGGUAGGUCUGGUAGGCUGUUCGGAAGGGGUAAGAAGUAAUGUGUAUGACGGAUUGGAUUUAUA